CAAACCAGUAAGGUAGAUGUUUGCAUCAAUUGAUAUUGUCAGUUACCUAUUAAUAUUAAGUUACAAAUCAGAGUUACCUCUAUUAUCAUAUAACAAUUUUAGACGAUAUCUAAUGGAAAGUUAUUCAGGUAAUUGUUUUAAGCUCAAAGUUUACUUUUCCCUGUAAAGGAACUUGAUCAACUACCAUUGAUUACGAUUUUAUCUUCAUGAUGCUUUCAGGUGUUAUUGUAGCAGUACUUGUAUAUCAACAAUCAAAAUCAGAUGAAAUCAUCACCCAAUCAACGAAAUAUUGUGAAACCGAGCUCGUGUUUAAAUUUGUCACUUCGAUGUCAUAUCAAUAAUCAGUGAGUUGCUGAAAUUUUGACAAUUUAAUUUUGCUUUUUCCCAAAGUGAAGCACAUCUUUAAAGAAGAACUGAAAUAAAAUGAGUUUGUUAGAAGUGCGAAUCUUUGUUAUGAUACUUCUUUUUGGACUUACUAUGCUGAUUGGCUAUGGACCAGUUUUCUUAUUCCAUUUAUGGCAGAAAAAAAGAGGAACUUUGCUCCUUCCAGAUCAAGAUUUAUCGUCCAAACACGCAAAAAUAUUGCACUUACUAUUAGUCUUUGGUGGUGGUGUCUUAUUGGCAACUUGUUUCGUUCACAUGAUUCCAGAAAUUACAGAAAACUAUGAAUCUUUCAUGUCGAGGAAAAACAAUGGAUCAUCGGAAAAUGAAGGUCUACUUGGCGAUGACGAGAAAAAAGACAAAGUUCCUUGGGUCGAAAUAUGUGUCUGCAUUGGACUUUUUAUAACCUACUUAAUUGAUACGUCAGUUGUUAUGGCCAUUGAGAAGAGUACAUCUCAUCAGCAACGAAAUGAAAUGAAUUUGCCUGAAAACAAUUUAGACAAUGAAAACGAAGAUUCUGGUGCUAAUGUGCAGAUUUUAAGUUAUCGAACACGAUUUUUUAAAGGUUUAAUCAUUGUCAUUGCCUUUUUAGCCCAUUCCAUUUUUGAUGGAGUCGCUAUUGGUUUACAGUCUACUACAACAUCUAUCUGGACCGUCUUUUUUGCAAUCUGUUUGCACAAAUUCGUAGUUGUGUUUGCCAUUGGUUUUGAACUGUUUCAGAAAACUGCUAGCCUGACAUUGACCUGUAUCCAUUUGGCCAUUUUUUCCGCCACAUCACCUUUUGGAAUCCUUUUGACACUUAUAUUGGAGCAAGAUGGUCUGGCUGAAGAUGGAAGUUUAACUAUCAUUUUGUUCAGUGCCAUUGCUACUGGAGCCAUUUUGUACAUUGUAUUUCUUGAAAUCCUACGAACCGAACCACCUGCAGGGAUUAAUGGCCUAGUACACUUAACAACACUGGUAGCUGGUUUCACUUUGAUGUCAGUCAUUUCAAUAGUUGUUGGAGAUGGUGAUUGAUCUGAAAAGGCAAAUAUCACAAUAUAUUUCUGAAGGUUUCAAAUAAACAUGUGAAUCGAUUUUAUUCGACUAUUAUUAUUGAUAUUUCAAUAUUUUAUCAUCAUACUUUGAAAAGUAUUGAUUCGUGUGACUUGGUAACAAUCAAUCUUUACCUGUAUAACCAGAAAAAGUAGCAGCCCAUACUUCAUACUUAAUUAACAACCUUCAGUGGACAAAUUCAGAGCGAAGUUCAACUUGUCGUUAAAAAUGACGUCCAAAAGGAUUCCUCCAUUAGACUUGUUAUAAUUUUCAGUGCAUUUGGAGUUAAUUAAUGCGAACAUGUCAAGAUUGUUGAACAAUUUUUUUUAAUUUAUUGAAAGUUUACUGCGAACAUCAUGAUGAGGCAAAUAUUUUCAAUUACAUACUAGAAGUAGAAAUGAAAAACUCUAGUUAAACUAAUAAUAUAAAACAAUAAUCAGUUGAUACUCACAAUCACAAAAACUUCAGAAGUCAUAUUCAGAAAUUCACCGAUAGUAAACGCUAUAUCAGUCCUUGAGAGUCGAUCUUGUAAGUCAGAGCCCUGGAAAUCAAGAGUUAAUUCAAUUAUCCGUCUUUUUAUGGAGAGAUGAAUCAUUUUGAUAUUACCUUUAUAAAAACUCUUGCACUCAACUGCAAGCCUCUGUUCGCCUUCCUUAGGUUUUUACAAUAAGAGCUCAUCUAAAAGGAGAAAUUGAAUUAAAUUAAAAGACCGAGAAACCAAAACAGAAAUCCUUUUAUACCAUCGUUAAUAUAACUCCAUUAGUGUAUGAACAAGCCGCGAUGGCUGCAACGGCAACGCUAGUAACAUACACAAGGAAAAGGUCCAAAUAUCGAUCAAUGUGAACAAAGAUUGCAAUGUACAUCCCAAAAUCUGAAGCAGCCGAAAUUCCGAAGUACAAAAAUAUGAGCCAAUUUCUUAUGUUUCCGUUAAGUUGUUCAAUUUCAUUCUGAUACUGGAUAAUCUUACUAACAGUAGCUUUAUAAUGAAACAUAUAGACAGCCUUAUUCAGAUGCCCUCUUCUAGUCGCAAGACUCUCUGCGGUCUGGGCUACAUGAGCAGCUUUAAAGUAAAAGUAAGAUAAAUGAAUUGUGAUUACAGUACCAGGCAAUAUCGUGUUGUAUAAAGUAGUAACAAUUCCUAUGUAAUUGACGAAGAUCCAAAAGCUAUUGUAGAUGAACUGAAUGGAUGUUUGAGGUAGUUGAUUCGUUGAAUUAACAACGAAAAUUAAGAUUGGUCCAAAACUAAUCGCGAUACAAUAAACAACCCAAAGCCAAGCAUUCGCUAAAUUGCUGGCAACAAAGCGAAACUUUUGGCAGUAAAAUUCAUUAAAGGAUAAAAGUUGACUUUUGAAUCCUUUUUUAUAUAUUAAACUGUACAAUUUCCAAGUUGUAAAAUGACCGUUUUUAAACAAAAAUAUCCAAUAAUGUCUUAAAAUUUCACCAACAAUUGAAGCAUUUAGCCAUAUAA